GCUUGUCUUCGGCACACUCUACCCAGCCUACAACUCCUACAAGGCUGUCAAGACCAAGAACGUCAGGGAAUAUGUGAGAUGGAUGAUGUACUGGAUCGUCUUCGCUCUCUACACCGUGGUGGAGACCAUUGCGGACCUGACCGUGGCCUGGUUUCCUCUGUACUAUGAGCUGAAGAUUGCCUUUGUGAUCUGGCUGCUGUCCCCGUACACCAGAGGGGCCAGUCUCAUCUACAGGAAGGUCCUCCACCCCAUGCUCUCCUCCAAAGAAAGGGAAAUCGAUGACUACAUUGUCCAGGCAAAGGAGCGCAGCUACGAGACCAUGGUGAACUUCGGCAAGCAGGGCCUAAGUAUAGCCGCCACAGCAGCUGUGUCCGCAGCUGUCAAGGGCCAGGGAGCCAUCACUGAGAAGCUGCGUAGCUUCAGCAUGCACGACCUGUCUCAGAUCUCCCAGGGAGACCAGCCAGACGGCCAGUUCGCCAACCGCCGAGGACUCACCCAGCAAGACGGAGAAGGUCCUCGCUCCAAAGGCCCCCUCACACGCAGCCAGAGCACCCCAGGAGACUAUUACGAGUACGAGCAGGAAGACCGUACGGACGACGAUGAUGAGCAGGAGCCGGUGUUCUCCGAGGACGAGGCAGUGACACACAAAGGCGUCAGGAGAUCCCAAAGCGUCAAGAUCACACGCUCCAGGUUACGCAAGGACGCUCGCUAUGCCUCCCUGCGAAUCAAAACCAAGAAAAGACCUGCACUGAACACCAACUAUGCACCAUAGGUGCACCCCAGAGCAAAACUACUGAUCUGGAGAGGCAUUGUCUUCUGUGUGUCUGUGUCUGUCUGUCUAUGUCUGUGUGUGUGUGUGUGUGUGUGCGUGCGCGUACAUGCACAUACACAUAUGGAAGAGUGUGUGUCUGUGUACACGCACAUACACAUGUGUAAGCAUAUGCAAGAGUCUGUGUCUGUCUGUGUGUGUGCGUGCGCGUACAUGCACAUACACAUAUGGAAGAGUGUGUGUCUGUGUACAUGCACAUACACAUGUGUAAGCAUAUGCAAGAGUCUGUGUGUGUGUGUGUGUGUGCGCGUGCACGUACAUGCACAUACACAUAUGGAAGAGUGUGUGUCUGUGUACAUGCACAUACUGUACACAGAUACACAUACACAUGUGUAAGCAUAUGCAAGAGUCUGUGUGUGUGUGUACAGUACAUGCACAUACACGUGAAAGCAUAUGCAAGAGUGAGUGUGUGUGUGUGUGUGUGUGUGUCUAUGUAUCCUCAUAGAAACCCAUGUCAGUGUUUGAGUGUAGUCCUCUGCUCUGUGUGUAGAAGUUCUUUAUCGGGUGGCGGGCUCCUCUCCUCUCCUCUCCUCUCCUCUCCACACUGACAGAUAAGCCCCUCCCUGUCGUUGCAAUACAUAGUGUGGCUAUUUAUUAUGACUUUCUUUUUUAUCAUCAUCAAUGAAACAUGUAUCAUGUGUUCAGACAGAGGAUAUCACGGGCAGAGAUUUUAAUGGAGGUAUUUUAAUUUGUAAGUCUUUUUUUUUUUUUAGUAGACUUUUGUUUAGAGUGUGUGUUUUUUUUUUUGUUUUUUUUUUCCCUCUUCGAUUUUGAAAUAAAUCAUGCUUCAUGUCUGUUUCCUGAAUUGGAAGGAUUCAAGGUACGAUUGUCUUUUUCUCAGUAGUGCAGUAUUUUUGAAACGUUUUUUUUUGGUCAUUCUAUGGAUGUGGGUCAGUUUUAUAUGUUUUGCUGUCUAUGUAAUAUGCUGCCUUGCAGACUAUAUGUUUUUCAAGGAAAUGUUUUAGAGACAAUCUUAAAAUAAAUACGUUCUUCUAGUCUCGCUGGUGCACUUGAAAGAGAACCUUCUACCAGCUGACCAAAAGUGUCCCUUAACUGCCCCCUACCUACGCAGAAACACCAAGGAGUAAAAAAAAAGGGAACUACAUUUUUAAUUGUGUGUGUUUGUGUGAAUGUAUUACAUACUGGCUAGUCCAGAAUCCAAGAUGCUGUUUUUGGGGGGGAAAUAGUUCAAAACUAACUUAAAAAAAACUCUUUUGCACAUUGUGAAGAAGUCAUGGUUACCUCCCUCUUCAUCUCAUCGAAGCUGGCAGGCGUUGUCCUUAGAAGGCUCUCUUUUGCUCUCUACACCAAAGUCUCUUGCGCUCUCUCUUUCUCUCGCGCUCUCUCGCUCUCUCAUUCUCUCACUUCUGCUCUUUUCUUUCACUCUCUCUCUCUCUUGUUCUCUCAUUCUCUCACUUUCGCUCUCGCUCUUUUUAAACCAGAUGCUCAGGCACCAGCAGCCAUGAGACACAUGUGAUUGGGUGGGUGUACAGUAUAUUUUGCAUUCUUUGUACAGGAAUUGCUUACGUGUGAUUUUGAAUAAAGUUUGAGAGAAGUAUUA